AAACAAACUUGGAUCAGUCGGGUGGCCGGAGCGUGCAGUAGAUUGGAAGGCGCAAGUACAGUAAAAUGAGAGCAGUGGCAUUGAUCAGAGGGAGCGGAUUCUGGCGGCCAUUAACGGAGGAGCUUUGGCGGCCAUUAAAGGAGGAGCUUCGGGCAGAAAUUGUAGGCCAGUUGACAGAGCACCAUAGCCCGUUUCCUUCACUCCAUGAGUUUCAAUUCUUUCUAAUUUUUCAGAUUCGCACAGAAUUAGUGAAUCAGGGACUGGGUUGUAAUUACGAAGUUAAAAAUGUUGUGGUUCUGUUGGAGAUGGCAGUUCAUAGGCAGAUUGAGAUACAUGACACUAUUUUCAAACCAAACAAGCAAGAUUUGGGCUUUGACUGAAGGUACGCCUCUCAGCCAGCGUAUUAAGGAAGCUUCUCUAAAAAUUUCCGCCAAUGUAUCAGAUACGCCAAUGGAGCUAUGUAAAUAAGUAAAGGAUUGUUUUCUUAGUUCAUCCCAAGAUUUUCAGAUGAACAAUCAUUAUGUUUCUUAUAAUGUGUUCUAAAGUGGUUUGCUAUGAAUAGAAGAAGAAACACACAACCUCCAAUCUCAUGAAAGCAAUAGGGAGAUCUUCUGGUGCCAUCAGUAGGUCAUAGAGCCGCUGCACCAGAGAGGCUUUUUCCUAUCCUCUAGGCUUAUGAAAUGGUGUGUAAAACCUGGUGAUGGAAUUCAGUAAAUUCUCCUAGAAGAUGUAUUGGGCAGUGGUGUUAUUGGGUCUUUUCCGCAAGGUGAAUCAACUUAUUAAGAUUUUUCGAAAGAUGCUGUGAUUUAUAAAGAAGUAUUUUGAAAAUACUUUUGUUUUUUCUACUAAUUUGGAAUAGUUUAAAAUUAGUCUCACUCUUUGAAAUACUCUUUAAUUCUUAAAAAAUAUUGUAUAUUAAUUUAAAAUAAAUUUUCACUCCGUGCAACGCACGGGUACGAGUCUAGUAUGGCAUCAAUAUUGUCAACAUGCCUUUUUUUUACUUUUUAAAAUUCAUAUUUAAAAAUACCCCGUUCCAUUUUAAUUAUGAAACUAAAUUUUAUGAAAAGAGGAAAACAUAAAAAAUCUGGAGACCACAUAAUCUUCCAGAUUCAUAAAUUGAAAAAAUAGGGAGGAAGUAUAAUCUCAGACAUUAAAUUCUCCAGUUCAGA